AAUCUGAGUUGCUACCGCGCUAGAUGAAUGUGUAUAUGAUAUAUUCGGGACGUUGACGUCGACACCGACAUCGCUGUCGAUGUCGAUGAGUGACGAACUACUUUGCGAAUUCGAAAUUAGUGUCGCGACUCUGACACUACGAUAGUUCUAACGAGGAACAAAUCGUCGCGUUUUUGUUUGUCGUGCUGCAUUGUGCAUUACACGUAUUACACGUUUGGACGUUUUCUGUUGACAGUUGGAAGGAUGUUUAUAUUUUUAUGUUGAAUAAGGAAGUUUUUGAGAGAUAAAUAAUACAGUGAUGGAUCCUGCCACAGUAAUAGCUCUGUGCAAAGAAAAUAUCCAGCCAUUGAGGUAUGGGCGGAAUGCCACACAACUAGGAACUGCACUAAGAGCUCAGGAGGACAUAGACGCGCAGCAGUUGCUUUUACAGGAAAAACAGAUGUAUGAAGAUGCGAUAAAAAAUUAUGAAGGAGAAGAUCCUUUAGAGAAUUGGUAUGAAUAUAUUCUUUGGGUUGAGCAGAGUUAUCCAAAGAAUGGGCAUGAAUCCCAUAUUGGAAGACUCUUACAACAAUGUUUAACAUUAUUUGAAAAGGAGAUAAAGUAUCAUCAAGAUCGUCGAUACAUACGUUUAUGGAUUAAUUAUAUAAGUAUGCAGAAGAAUCCUUUGGAAUUGUACCAUUUGUUGCAUAACAAUGGAAUUGGGACUACUGUAGCAGAUAUGUACAGGGCUUGGGCUUUUGAGCUAGAACAAAUUGAGGAUUAUAAACGUGCAGAUGAAGUUUACCUAAUGGGAUUGUCUGCUCAUGCGGAACCAUUCGAUGAACUGAGUCACGCACAUCAGAACUUUCAGUUGUCUGUGGCACGUAAAACACUUGGACGUAUUGAGGAGAGAAGUGAUAUAUCAUUGCUGGAACAACGUCAAGCUUUUAGUUCUUUGAAGGCGAUAAGAACUGGUAAAAGAGUCGGUAGUAUACGAACAGGCCACCGUGUCCGCGAUUAUUUUCCUGGCACUGUACAGCAGAUUGCAGGUUCUAUGCACAAUACAAAGCCCAACUCUAAGAUCCAAAUAUAUCAGGAUGAUAUGGCUGGAGAAAUGAAAGGUUCCAGUAUAUUAGAUCAUGUGCCUAUAGAGGAUAUGGUACACAAAGAGAACACUAUUAAGGCAGGACCUUGGAAUAAUGGAAACAGAAGAUGUCCAUUAAUAACUUCUACUGUGAGACCAGGUUUCAAAGUUCAUGAAGAUCAGAAUGACGAGUGUGACAUGGAAAAACUGAAAUUAUUCCCAAAUCAUGUACCUUUUGCUGAUGGCAGCAAAGAUCAUGACUGUUUGAGGGUACCAGUCUAUGUACCAGAUCCAAUAUAUUCAAAUAUUGUACAAAAGGCAUAUUAUCCCAAAGAGCUAGUUUAUGCUGAUAAUGUUGAUCGUAGUAUGGAAGAGAUUAGAGCACAACUUUAUUUACAAAGAAGAGCGCAACUUCUGGAAAAUAAACAUGAAAUGUCGGUGGUUUGUUUACGUGGAACUAACGAACAACCACAUUCACAGCUCAACAAUUACGAAAAUAUGUUUCAUUUACAAGAAAUGGAAAAGCAGAGAAAAUUGGAUCAGCAAAGAAGGGAAGCUGAGAUCAGCAGACAGCAAAGACUGCAAGCCGAACAACAGGAACUACAGAGGCAACAGUAUGAGGUCGAGAAUCGGGCCUUGGAGACUCAACGACAGGAAGCUGAGCAGAGAGAAUUGGAAAGGUUAGAGAGAAUAGAAGCUGAGAGAAUAGAAGCUGAGAGAAGAGAAGCCGAAAGAAUAGAAGCUGAAAGAAUAGAAGCCGAAAGGAUAGAGGCCGAGAGGAGAGAGGCCGAGAGAAUUGAGGCACAACGAAUAGAAGCGGAAUUAAACACACAACGGAAAUUGCAGUCAUCGAGUUUUAUGCACCAGCAUCACACUUCGUCAUUAGCCGCUGAUGCCGAGGAGCAUUUACUCGGUUUGAGUCUCACCGUAAAUACAAAGGAGGCCAUCACGGUAGUGCAGAGUAUGUGGCAUUCCCCGGAUGCCACAGCCGCUAAUACUCCGCGUUUUCGUAGCCCUAUAACACCCAGAAUGGUAGACUCGAGAAGUAAAUUGCCAUUCGACAUACAUAUGGACAGUUCUAUGACUCAGCAUGCAAUGUCUAAUAGUAAGCAUCAUCAAGGAUAUAAUAUGCAGGUUUAUAAUGAUCAAGAGAAUCAUCAGAGUUAUCAUACGCCGCACCAUAGUUACUCCGCUCAGGAUCAGCAAGCAGCAUACGGAAACCAUGGAUUGCAAAACAGUUUUCAUUAUCAGAUGCAGCAACAUCACGAUCAUCAAGUGCAACAACCGCAUCCUCGUCAGCACCAUCCUCAGCAACAUCAUCAACAGCUGAUGCCGUCGCCUCAGCAGAUGCAUACCGCACAUCAUCAGUCCCUCACCCAUCCGCAGCAUUUACAACCUCACAGUCAGAUACCGCAUCACCAGCCACACGUUCAUCAACAACAUCAUCACCAUCACCAUCAUCAUCUUCAUCACCAAUCGCCGCAUACACCACAAAUGCCGCAUCCCCAGCAAUCGCAUCACAUGCAUCAACAUAUGCAACAUAUCCAACAUCCCGUUUACGGCAACAUGAUGCCCAACGACAUCGGUUAUCAGCAGUAUCCAACGUCAAUGGAACCUCCUAUGCUGCAACAUAGUGUAGAACAUCAGAAGCAAUUACACUUCUCGCCAUAUAACGACUCCGAUAUCGAGACCAGCAAACCGUACAGAAUGCCACCGGAGUUACCGUAUAUCAAGUCACCUGGCAUGAAUCGUAAAGAUAUUAAGUAUCUCGAAAGCGCGGAAGAUAAAGAGAACGCUAUCGUUGUGGAUUACAAUGGUCCACUCGAAGAAAAUAUGGUACCUAAACCAACGGAUGAGAACAAUUUGUAUAUUGAUGAGAGUUUGGGUAUAGCUCCUCUAUUGGCUAGUAAUGAUACAUGCUUCACAGAAGCAUUUAACACACAAUUAGCCAGUUCCACGCCAAUGACUAAUCAUUUCAAGCCAUCUUACAGGAAAGAAGAUCCGCAAUAUUCAAACGAGACUACUUCGAAUCAGCCAAUUACGGAAGUACCUACUCGCGAAGGUGAUGAGAAAUUGAGCGUAAUACUUGAAUCUACUCGAGAGUAUGUUUCAAGCAGUUCAGGUAGCAGCACUUAUACCAGGACUGCUGGAUUAACUUUUGGAUUAACCAGGGAGGAUAUGGUUCCUAUCAAGGAACAAUCUGUGGAAACUACUACAAAUAAGGAGUCGAAUGAAUCCAUGCUAUCCGUGAAUCAACCUUAUGAGCAGAAAAUGCACGCACAGAUCCAAGCUGUGCAUGCUCAAAGUCCACGUACAGUUCAACGAAAUGUUGAUCAAAUAACUUCUGAGAUAAAGAAUAAUUGCGAUUUGAGGAAAUCUAUAAAUUUUAACCUUAAUAAUGAAGAUAAUAUUGAGAAAUCAGACACUAUGGAUUGCGAGGAGCAUGAACCUAUGGAACAAGUGGAGGAAGAAUGUUUCGAACUCCCUACAAAAGAUAUAAAUCCUUUUGAUAAGAACUUAAUUGCUGGUUUACUGAAGAAAAUAAAAUUUCCGCAAGCCCAUCACGCAGAUGGAUACACAAGAAUAGAUACUAACUUAAACAAGUUCGUGCCUUCUACUUUGGUUACGCUCGGCAACGAAGCGUACGAUUUGGAAAAGUGCCUUGGAAAAGGAAUGUAUGGAACAGUUUUUAAAGCAGUUAAUGUGCAAACAAGCGAAAUUGUUGCUCUGAAAACAGAAAAGCCCGCUUGGGUUUGGGAAUAUUAUAUCGUGCGAGAAAUAAAAGCACGUCUUACAAAUCCACAUAUGUUACGCGGUUUUAUGGAUGUGACAAUGGCGUAUAUAGCAAACAACGGUAGUGUACUAGUUUCAGAAUACUCCAAAUUCGGAACAUUGUUAGCAGUGACAAAUCAAAUAAAAAUUGCCACUGGCAAACCUCUUAUGGAGACUUUAGCUAUUUUCUUCACAAUUGAAAUGCUUCAAAUCGUGGAGUACUUACACAAAUGCCAAAUAAUACACGGAGACAUAAAACCAGAUAAUUUUUUACUAAUGCGACCACCUACUCAAGAUGUAAGACCAACUAUACAACUGAUAGAUUUCGGAUGUAGUAUAGACAUGAAAUUAUUACCAGAAAAUACAACGUUCACUCAAGUGAUUAAAACGGAAGACUUCACUUGUAUCGAGAUGCAAACUGGCAGACCAUGGACAUAUCAGACUGAUCUGUAUUGUCUAGCAGCGACCAGUCAUUGUUUAUUAUUUGGCAAUUAUAUGAGGGUAUCCAAUAUAGGUGGCCGUUGGUUUAUUGCUUCGAAACUACCAAGGUACGCUAAAAAGAUCGCAUGGGAACAGUUCUUCACAGAAUUAUUGAAUAUUGAGUCGUGUGACAAAAUGCCUGACUUGGCAAGAUUAAGAAAUAUGAUGGAGGAAACAUUGGCACAAAUGCCAGAGGUGCAAACGAAAUUCCGAACUUUCGUCAAUAUUCUCAACAAACGAUAACGCUUACUGUAUCUGAUGAUAUGUUCCAAUGUGUGCACAUACUUAGUAAAGAACCAACGUGUAAUAAGAAACAUUAAUGUUAUUGUGCUAUUUAUUAUAAAGGUUAAUACUACAGUGAUAUAUAUAUCUACGCAGUUAUAACACAUUGAAAAAUGCACUUUAUGGCCUGCUCCGUGGAGGCCUUUACAAAUAUAUGUUGCUUGCACAUUACCGAUAUUAUUAAGAGCACUGUGCAACGAGUUUGAUCUUUUAACAAAUGUUUCGGAAACUUACGAAGUUUGCGAAGAUUUAUACGAUAGAGAUUUUGAAAAUGUAUCUUGUUAUCUUUCACGGUAUGAAUACACUCGCAGUUGCGAAUAAAUAGUUGUAUAAUAAGAUUCAUAAAGUCUUACUAAAUUCGAAUCUGUAAAAAUGAAUAGUACAAUGUGCGUGUGAUAUGGAUGUGCACUAUGGACUCUCAGAUCAGCAAGAUGGCAUGCAUGUACACUAAGUAAUUGAGUACCUUGUAUAGAUAACUAAUGUAUAUGUAAUCCUUGUAUAUUUACUAUAGGUCAUGGUUCUAAACCACUCGAUUCUGUCGCAUUGAUGUCAACGGGUUCUGUCGUUUUGCUUUCAGAUAUUCUUCAAAAUGUACGGAAAUAUAUCGUGUCAAUCAUGUUAA